CUCCAAUCGUGCACUUGGUCGGCGGUCAACAACAUGGACACAACAGACACCGUGGAUGCGCCCCUGACCAUGGCCGAGCAGCCCAAUGGGCCGCUAGCCAUCAACAAUGCCAGAACCGAGUUUCGAUCCAGAGCCGAGCUGGACCGAAUCCGCCGCCACAAGCAAGCGCAAAAAGCCUACGGACGCGGGCGCCGCAUCGAUGUCAAGAGCGUCAAGGACAAGAAGUUACGGCGCAAUCUCAUUAACCUCGAGAACAAGUACAAGACGGCUGCUCUGAAGGCGAAAGAGGCCGAGAUUUUGCUCGAAAACACAUCCGGCUUCUUGGAACCGGAAACCGAGCUCGAGCGGACAUACAGAGUUCGCCAGGACGAAAUACAGAAGGAGGUCGGCCUCGAGGUCGCACAGAAGAAAUUCGAGCUAAAGCUCGAUGCUCUGGGGCCUUAUGUCUGCGAGUACAGCAGAAACGGGCGGGAUCUGAUCCUGGCGGGGAGGAAAGGCCAUGUCGCGACUAUGGAUUGGCGGGAGGGCAAACUCGGCUGCGAACUGCAGCUGGGUGAGACGGUCCGGGAUGCUCGCUUCCUCCACAACAACCAGUUCUUUGCGGUGGCGCAGAAGAAGUACGUCUACAUAUACGACGCCAAUGGCGUUGAGCUCCACUGCCUUAAGAAACACGUCGAGGUCUCGCACAUGGAGUUUCUCCCCUACCACUUCCUCCUGGCGACAUUGAGUAUCAGCGGCCAGUUAAAAUACCAGGACACGUCGACUGGUCAGAUCGUCGCCGAGAUCCCCACGAAGCUCGGAACCCCUGUCUCCCUCGCGCAGAACCCACACAACGCCAUCCUGCACGUCGGCCAACAAAACGGCACCGUCACGCUAUGGUCACCAAACUCGACAGAGCCUUUAGUCAAACUACUUGCUCACAGAGGCCCUGUACGGUCGCUCGCAGUCGACCGGGAGGGGCGGUACAUGGUGUCGGCAGGGCAGGACAACCGGAUGGCCAUCUGGGACAUUCGCAAUUUCAAGGAGGCAGUCUCCAGCUACUUCACCAGGUCACCAGCGUCAUCCGUGGCUAUAUCGGAUACGGGGCUGACGGCCGUUGGCUGGGGGACAAAGACGACCAUUUGGAAGGGUCUCUUCUCAAAAGAGAAGCCAGUCCAGGAGAAAGUUCAAAGCCCCUACAUGGCCUGGGGAGGCGAAGGACAAUCAAUUGAGCGUGUCCGGUGGUGUCCGUUCGAAGACGUGCUAGGCAUCGGGCACAACCAGGGCUUCUCGUCCAUCGUGAUUCCGGGCGCGGGCGAGGCCAACUUCGACGCGCUCGAGGUGAACCCGUUCGAGACCAAGAAGCAGCGGCAAGAGGGCGAGAUCAAGGGCCUGCUGAACAAGCUGCAGCCCGAGAUGAUCGCGCUAGACCCCAACUUCAUCGGCAACCUCGACCUGCGGUCCGAGAAGCAACGGCAGGCCGACAGGGACCUAGACGCGCCAGCGGUGGACAUUGCGCAGGAGAUCAGGAACCGGGCCAGGGGGAAGAACACCGCGCUCAAGAAGUACCUGCGGAAGCAGCGGAAGAAGAAUAUCAUCGACGAGAAGAGGCUCAAGGCGGAGGAGAUGUACAAGGAGAUGCAAGAGAAGAAGGACGAGAAACACAAGGAGCGACAGGCCGAGCUGGGGCCGGCCCUGGCGAGGUUUGCCAGGAAGGAUUAGAAGAGAAUGAUACCCCAAUAAUGCAUUGGGCAUGCGGUGU